AUGAUAUUAGGUGAAACGUUGUUAUUUUUUCUGGUUUUGGUCGAUAAUGGUGCUAUAUUAUUUCUUUUAGUUUACUACAUAAUAACAUUAUCUGAUUUGGAAUGUGAUUAUUUAAAUGCUCAAGAGUGCUGCGAUAAACUUAAUUAUUGGUUACUGCCGAAGUAUAUAGCCCAUUCGUUUAUUACCUUUCUCUUACUUCUGCAUGGUAAUAUAUAUCUAUUUCUACUUAACUUGCCUCUGUUUAUAUAUUUGAGUUUUGAAUACUUAACGAUACCACAAGGCAACUUGGGCGCGUACGAUCCUGCAGAAAUUCACAACCGAGGCCAACUUAAAAGACAUCUAAGGGAUGUAAUGAUUUAUAUUGGAUAUUACUUAAUAUUUUUCUUCAUCUAUUUGUAUUGUUUUAUUCUGGCCCUGUUAAAAGGAGAUCCGUUUCCUCGUGGAGGUGAAGAUGAAUUUGUAACUGAGAUAUAACAAAAUAGACAUGUCCGACAACUCCCCGAACGUUAUAUGCCCCAGCUCGGGGGAGCAGGACAUUAAAGAUACAGAAAUCGCAGCAACUGAGGCCGCGAGUGCUAAAUGUGUUAAAAUACAACAAGAUGA